UAUCAGCACCAAAACACCUCAAACCCCAAAAAAAAAAAAAAGGAAACUCUAAUUGAAACCCACAUCUAAAGAUCUCUCCUUCUCCGUUUUCUAUUUCGUUUUCUCCGUAGAUUCUGCUGUUUUGAGUGUCGGGUUCGUUUUCACUUCCAUCUUCUCCGGCUUCCGAUUUCCAAAAAAACUCCGGGGAAUAGGUGGUCGGCAUCACGGCUAUACACGGGAUAUCUCGGGGUGUUAGCUCUCAUGUCCAUAUAGUCCGACGCAAGGGUUGCUUAAUCGAGACUAAUCCUUUGCCGCACGGAGGACGUGGAGCUCUGCCGUCUGAAGGCGGCAGCCCUUCCGAUCUCCUCUUUCUAGCCGGAGGCGGUCUUUUCUUUUCCAUUAGUUUUUAGGAUUUAGGGUCGUAGAGCCUUUUUAUUUCUUUUUCCUUUUUUGUUGUUAAAUCGCGCUUGGGGGAGAGAAAAAUUUGGUCUUUUGCUAUUCGAAUUCUUCUUUUGAGAAUGUUAUCAAUCAAGAGGGUUCCGACCGUCGUGUCGAAUUACCAGAAGGAUGAGGCGGCGGAUGAAUCCGUCGGCUGUGGCCGGAAUUGCCUCGGAGCUUGUUGCAUUAACGGGGCAAGGCUUCCGUUGUAUGCCUGCAAAAAACUGGAAAAAUCCGGCGCCGGAGAGAAGCUGGUCAUCAGCCAUGAAGCUAGAGAGCCUCCGGUGGCUUUUCUCGAGUCCCUCGUUCUCGGAGAGUGGGAGGAUAGGUUCCAAAGAGGACUCUUUCGCUAUGAUGUCACCGCUUGUGAAACCAAAGUCAUCCCGGGGAAGUAUGGUUUCGUUGCUCAGCUAAACGAGGGUCGUCACCUUAAGAAGAGGCCAACCGAGUUCCGUGUAGAUAAGGUUUUGCAGUCCUUUGAUGGCAACAAAUUCAACUUCACUAAAGUUGGCCAAGAAGAGCUCCUCUUCCAGUUUGAAGCUGGCGAAGAUGGCGAGGUUCAGUUCUUCCCAUGCAUGCCUCUUGACGCUGAGAAUUCUCCCAGUGUUGUUGCCAUCAAUGUUAGUCCGAUCGAGUACGGGCAUGUGCUGCUGAUACCUCGUGUUCUUGACUGCUUGCCUCAGAGGAUCGAUCACAAAAGCCUUUUGCUUGCAGUUCACAUGGCUGCUGAGGCCGCUAAUCCUUACUUCAGACUCGGUUACAACAGCUUGGGUGCUUUUGCCACUAUCAACCAUCUUCACUUUCAGGCAUAUUACUUGGCCAUGCCUUUCCCAUUAGAGAAAGCUCUUUCCAAGAAGAUGAUUACCACUGUUAGUGGUGUGAAAAUCUCCGAGCUUCUGAAUUACCCUGUCAGAAGUCUUCUCUUUGAAGGUGGAAACUCUAUGCAAGACCUAUCGGAUACUGUAUCAGAUGCCUGCGUCUGCCUCCAGAACAACAACAUUCCUUUCAACAUUCUCAUCUCUGAUUGUGGAAGGCAGAUCUUCUUGAUGCCACAGUGUUACGCAGAGAAACAGGCUCUAGGUGAAGUAAGCCCGGAGGUGUUGGAAACGCAAGUGAACCCAGCUGUGUGGGAGAUAAGUGGUCACAUGGUGCUGAAGAGGAAAGAGGAUUACGAAGGAGCUUCAGAGGAGAACGCAUGGAGGCUCCUUGCAGAAGCUUCUCUGUCAGAGGAAAGGUUUAAGGAGGUUAAUGAUCUCAUCUUUGAAGCCAUAGGUUGUAGUAACCAAGAGGAGGAGCUUGAAGGAACCAUAGUCCACCAGCAAAGCCCAAGUGGUAGUGUUAACCAGAAAAGCAACCGAACCCAUGGAGGUCCCAUCACGAACGGGACUGCCUCUGAGUGCCUUGUCCUUCAGUGAACAACCGUGGCUAGGUGGCUUUUAUGUAUAAUUAGAGUCUCUAUUGCAUAAAUAAGCAAACUCUACUGGUAGUUGCAUUUGAAGUUUCUUGGUCUUCUUUUAUGAUGGUUGUGGGUAUUUUGUGCCCUAGACUUGCUGGCUCUUUUUCUUUUAUUAUAAGCGUUUGUGAUGAAGAUAUUUAUGUUCUUCACGAUGAUGAUUAUGUUUAUAUAAAUUUGAACAAUUUGUAGUAUGU